CCACAGUCCCACCCCACCUCAGCUCAGCAUCUCUGCGUAGAGAAAGCCCUUUCCGGAUGCCAAGGUGCAGAGAUUACGCAGGAUGCCACUCCUGGCCUCUCCAUCUGGCCCCAGAUAAGAUAAGGGGAGGGCUCAGCACUAUAAACAGGCCCCCAUCCUUCCCCCGGCCCAGGCUUCACUAGCUGAGCCGACACCAACCCAGGAUCAGCAUGGCCAUCCGUCUGUGGGUGGUCGCCCUCGCCUUGGCUGCCCUCCUCAUUGUGGACAGAGGAGUGCCAGUGUCAGGAGAAAAGCUCGUUUUCUCAAGAAUGCCCUACUGUGAGCAUAUGGCAGAGUCGCCAGACUGUUCCCAGACAUCCAACCUGGUCUGCGGCACUGACGGGGUCACAUAUGAAAGUGAAUGCCAUCUUUGCUUAGCCCGGAUGUAAGUCCACUCCCCACCUUCCCCUGUGUUUGCUUGCGUGGGGCUUCGUCUCUGCUGCAUACAAGUCUGAAAGGAGCAAGACUUGACCUGCCUCCUCCUUCACACACACCUGACCUAG